AUGGCCGACGACCCUUGGUCGUGGGAGCAGACCAAGCCGCUUGACAGAAUGGCGUUCAAAGACUGGUGGUUUCACGGUUACAUGAACGACCCGCCUGCCGAUGGCGAAUUUAUGGAGCUCCCUGCCGGCGGGGAGUUUCACGGCGAGAUCGCUUGCGGCAAGGCUUUGACGUCUUACCGGAAAGAGACGCCCAAUUCCAAGCCGCUGCAGGACAUGGCGUGCGACAAGGCCGGCGACGACGGCAAGAUGGGCGCCGUACACGCCACCGACGUCUUCCCCGGCCCCGCGUAUGGCAAGAGCAAGAGUGUCAAGGGCUCGGCGCUCGGCAUUGCCUACAACUCGGACCCGCGCAAGGUCAAGCCCGAGGACUUUGUCGUCAUCUCUGUCAACCACAACGCGCCGUGGACGCGUAAGGUCUCGUACUCUAUUCCCGCCGGUCUCCCCGCCUGCCCAGCCGGCGGCUGCCACUGCAUGUGGGGCUGGAUUCCUGACCCGAUGAACGUUCAGCAAAUGUACACGCUCGUGUACCGUUGCAAUGUAACGGGACAGACGGGCACUGAGUACCCUGCCCGGCCCCAGAUUCCCCGCAAGUGCCCCUUCGACAAGAACAAUUGCACCAUUGGCGCCAAGCAAAUGCUCUACCAGUUCCAGCUCGAGGGUAACAACAUCCACCAGGAACGCCCUGACAACGCGUUCUACAACUACGAGUAUGGCUUCCGCGACGGCGCUCAGACGGACAUCUGG